AUGAGGCGACGAGCUGGCGUUGGAGCUAUACAAAAGCAAAGGCUAGAACAAGAGAAAUACAGAGAAAAGGGGUCUGAGAUCCAAGAAAAUCAGUUUCAACAGAUGUCCAAACAACUGGAAGUGUUUAGGGAUAACUUGGAGGAUUUUGCGACCAAACAUAAAAAUGAAAUAAAGAAGAACGCUCAGUUUAGGAGACAAUUUCAGGAAAUGUGUGCUGCUAUCGGCGUCGAUCCUCUUGCCUCAGGAAAAGGAUUUUGGUCUGUUUUAGGCAUUGGGGAUUUCUACUAUGAGCUUGGAGUUCAAAUAGUAGAAGUGUGUUUAGCUACAAAUUAUAAAAAUGGGGGACUGAUAACAUUAGAAGAACUAAGAACAAGGCUGAUAGCUGCUAGAGGGAAAGCAAAAACGCACCAAGAUAUUACAAAUGAGGACUUGCUAGCUGCUAUUAAGAAACUGAAAAUAUUUGGAAAUGGAUUCACAAUUGUACCAGUUGGUAAAGGUAAAUGGUUGGUGCAGUCUGUCCCAGGAGAGUUAAACUUGGACCAGACUUUAGUAUUGCAGAAGGCAAACUCAUUGGGGACUGCAUGGGUGUCUGCUGGAAUCCUCACAGGAGAUUUACGAUGGAAUGAGACUAGAGCACAAAAUGCUUUGGACCACAUGGUGAAGGAAGGACUUGCUUGGGUCGACAGCCAAGACUCCAAAGAGACUCUAUAUUGGUUUCCGAGCAUGUUUGCCGAGUGUGUUUCUGCAUAA